AUGGUCAUAACCGUAAGCACGACUUCAAUUAAACAUGCUCUGGCUGCAAGUGAUUCGUCUGAAUAUGCUUUGAGUAUUGAGCCUGCUGUUUCUGGUAAAUCUGUGAAACUAGCUCCUUCUACGACAGCAAACAGGCGGCUACUAUACAAGGCGAUACUCAACGGGGUCGAUUGUACCCCGGAUAACAUUACUGACCCCUCGUUCGCUAUCCUGGACGAGAAGCUGACACACACAGCUUUUGAAGGGAAAUCGAGAUCCAGAAGUGAAGCAGUUAUUAAAUCCACGAGAUCAAAGUCCGUGUUAGCCCUGGGGGGCGGCCCGAGAGUUUUCGCCACCACUAUCAACCUUGACGACAUUGAAAUCGAUCACACACUGAACACUGAGGAGGGCUUAGAAUCCGACGACGGGCAGGUUUCCUUGGCACCGUCUGCAUUUUAUUUACCAAAAAUGAAUCCGGUUACGUCGUACCCGCCAGAUAUGUUUGUCACGCUCAAAGAAACCGAGACUGUCUUCUUGGUAUCGUUGCCAAGUUUGUCAUGCGACAGAGGAUCAGCGGAAGGGCAGAUCGUCGAGGCCGACAAUACCUUCUAUGAGUUCAUCACAGUUGGAAAAGGUAAAAAUCGAAAAAUGGUUAACCAAGAAACUCAGACCAAUGCUACUACAACACUAACCCGGCAUACCCUCGCCGUAAGGCCGCAGAAGAAGAAUGCUGUAUCCUUCGCAUCGAUGUGGGACAUGCACGACACUUACGCACAUCUUAAAAUGAUACAGGAACAAGAAGAGGAAGAUGAUGAGAUGGUGAUGUACCAGUCCGCAGCGCCCCAUAUGCUGCGGAAGAAAAGAAGAAAGCUACUUCAUCCAGAGAAAAGCAAACCAAUGACAUUCGAAGCGAUUGGAGCGACGCCACAAUACUUGGACGCAGUGCUUCUGACAGAACGUGUGCUCGCUUCCCUGGAGUUCACUGCCGCCCAGAAAUUGUUUCGGGGACUUGUCGCUGUCGAUCCGCUGUCAUUAGAUUUAAUUUACGUUUACACUCUAACUAAUUUGUGGACCUUUGAAUCAAGAAGCAAACGUGACACCAAUCCCUGCUUUGAGCCAAUUUGGAUAGUAACUUGGCAGUGUACUCCAGAACGAGACAACGAGUAUGUGAUGGUAGCUUGUCAGGAUGGACGGAUUCGUAGAUUGCAAAGUACAAAAACACACGAGUUUAUCAGUACUCCCAUGAUGCGGGUAUCUGCCGUCGAAGGCAAGCUGAAGGGAUUAGAAACCACGAAGCCGUGCCCCAAACAUGAUGUGCCCAUUACUAGAUAUCCCGCGGUAUUGUGUAUGAUAUGGCACCCCACUAUAGACCACUGCUACCUGGUGGGCACAGACGAGGGCUGCAUACACAGAUGUUCUACGCACUAUCUCAACCAGCACAUAGACGUGUACCGCGCUCACGCGGGCCCCGUCACGGACUUGUGUAACUCACCCUUUAUGAGCUACUUGCUGGCUUCGUGUGGCGCCGACAAUGCUAUUCGUUUGUGGAUAGAAGGCAUGGACGAUGUUGUAAUGACAUUGGUUUGUCAAAGCGCAGUUAACGGAAUAUCAUUUUGUCCAAAUAACUCGACUAUCUUACUGUCGGCGAGUGGGAAUACAUUAUCAGUUUGGGACUUGCGUCGCAAGAUUCAUAUGCCAUGUGCCGAGUACCAGUUUCCUGGAGACGUGACGCUGACAUACAUACGGUUUGAGAAAUCCGGGCACAAUGUGUACCUCGGGGACACGAAGGGGAGGCUGCAUACAUUACAUUUAUCGGAUACGCCGAUAGCGCCAUACAACCAAAAGAAACUCUUGGACGAAGCGAUAAGGAAAGCUCUCUGUACCAGACCGAACAUGUUAAAGCAACUCGACAAGCUCCUCAGGUUCAAAGCCCGCAAGGUUCGGCGAACGUAG